AUGGCGCUUCUAGUCGAUAGACAACGUCCUCGCACGCUUGAUGCCCUUACUUACCAUCAUGACCUGUCCGCUCGCCUCAAGUCUCUGGCCCAACGCGGCGACUUUCCACACCUUCUCGUUUACGGUCCCUCUGGAGCGGGCAAGAAGACCAGAAUAAUUGCCACAUUAAAGGAGCUGUACGGCCCCGGGGUGGAAAAGAUAAAAAUCGAUGCCCGUGUUUUCCAAACGUCGAGUAAUCGUAAACUCGAAUUCAACAUCGUCGCCUCGGUAUAUCAUCUUGAGAUCACGCCGUCUGACGUUGGAACAUACGACCGUGUGGUGAUUCAGGAGCUACUCAAGGAGAUUGCGCAGACUCAGCAGGUGGAUUUGUCCGCAAAACAAAGAUUCAAGGUUGUGGUGAUCAACGAGGCCGACCACCUUACGCGAGACGCACAGGCUGCGCUGAGGAGAACGAUGGAGAAAUACAGUCCGAAUAUGAGACUUAUUCUGCUUGCCAAUAGCACGGCGAAUAUUAUCGCCCCCAUCCGCUCGAGAACACUACUGGUACGGGUAGCCGCACCGACAGAGGAUGAGAUAUGCCAGGUGCUGAAGGCGGCUGCGAAAAAAGAGGGUUGGACUGAGGCACCUGGUUUAAAUAAAAGAAUCGCCAAGGAAAGUGGGAGGAAUUUACGUAGAGCACUCCUUAUGCUUGAAGCCGUAUAUGCGCAGAAUGAAAAAGUAACAAAUGAUACCGUGGUGCCGCCACCAGACUGGGAGGCACUGAUUUCUGUUGUUGCGGAGGAAAUUAUGGCGGAGAGAUCUCCAGCACGAAUACUACAAAUUCGAGCCCGGUUAUAUGAUUUGCUAACGCAUUGCAUACCUCCGACUACUAUUAUCAAGACAUUGACCUUCCAACUCGUGUCCAGAGUUGACGAUAUACUGAAGCCCGAGGUGAUCAAAUGGUCUGCUUUCUUUGAACAUAGGAUAAAGCUAGGAAGCAAAGUGAUUUUUCACCUCGAAGCAUUUGUGGCAAAAUUCAUGAGAAUACUUGAAAGUUACCUGAUGGGCAUAGAUCUGUAA